AUGGCCUCCUUCGACACAAAUGUCGAUCAUAGUGAGACACGAGCGACGGAGAUCAAUGCCAUUGGGUGGGUCUUCACCGGGAUUGCAAUCGCAGCCGUUUCCUUGAAGCUAUUCGCCCGAAUUGAUAACAAACGGUUUGGCUGGGAUGAUUUUUUGAUUUUUUUCUCGCUGGCUCUCAGCAUCGUUGCCACGGCUUUCGUUUCAUAUUCCGUCACUCUUGGUUUAGGCCGGCACACUGCAACUGUAGUUGCUCAAUAUGGCAUUGAGAGAUAUGAAAAAUCAGCAUACUGGCAGAUUAUUGCAUUUCCUUUCAACAUUGGCGCGUUUAGCUUCCCCAACGUCUCGAUCGCCAUCUUGAUCGUUCAUCUGCUUGACCCCAACCCACUUCGUGCGCGACUCCUAUACGCCAUGGUAAUUUUCCAGGUGAUAUUGGCCAUGAUCUCCGUUUUCAUUGUAUUUUUUCAAUGCAAACCAACAGCAAAAAUGUGGAACUCUUCCAUUGAGGGCACAUGUUGGAGUCCGGAUAUUUUCGAUGGCUUCUCCUAUUUGGUCAGCGCAUACACAACUAUGACGGAUAUCAUUUUGGCUAUUGUACCAAUUUCUGCAUUUUGGAAACUACAGAUGCCAUUAUCGACAAAGCUGGGUGUGUGCAUUAUGAUGGGAUUAACCCUGCUUUCCGCGAUCGUCACAAUUGUUAAAGCAACAUAUUUGAAUUUAUUCACUGACCACACUGAUCCUCUUUACAAGGUGGUACCAUUAGUUCUUUGGGGACUGGUCGAGCAAAAUGUUGUCAUCGUUGCUGCAUGUAUCCCGACAAUCCGCCCGUUAUUCCGUAAGGUUUUCGAGUCUAUCACUGGCCCCUCUAGCGAAGCCAGCUCACGAAAUGGACCGGGUUCCGGCUUCAAGCUCUCAUACAACUCCAUACAACUUCGCUCUAAGCGGACACUAUCUGUGACAAAAGUACCCCUUGAGGACAUAAAGCAGCAGUCCUGUGAUACCGAGAGCUGUAAUAGUCAGUCGGGCAUAUGGCGAACGAGAGAGGUUAUAGUGGAGAGGGACGAUGAAUAG